AGGCGGCACUAGUCCUCCGGGCUCUGCACGCGACACACGGCGAUGGCGCUCCCCAAGAACGGACGGCUCCUGCUGGCAGCCUGCCUCGUCGCUGCAGCCGCAGCCGCCGCCUACGGCGACCACGAAGAGAAGCGGCUACGCUGCUACCACUGCUCGUCAGACCACUACCACCACAACUGCGAUGACCCAUUCAACAGCACCGGCAUCGAGACCGUCGACUGCAUGGAGCAGCUGCGCCGUAGGACAGACCCACGGGAGAUUCCCGUCUGCAAGAAGAUCAAACAGCGCAUUAACAACGGGGACCUGCAGACGGUGCGCUCCUGCGCUUUCAUCCUGCCCGACCAGCCGUGCACGACGACGGACCAGUCCUCGUACAUCCACGAGGAGUACUGCAUCACCUGCGAGACUGACCUCUGCAACGCUGCCCCACCGCUGCCCGCCGCCGCUGCCGCCGUCGCCGCUAUCGUCACCCCUCUGGUGGCUGUUCUCCUGGCUUAGCGCCUCAGAGGCCAACGCGCCGGACACCAGCCUCCACACAUAACACAACUCCAGUUCUCCGCCACACACACUGCCUGUCGAGCUGCCAGCUCCCACGUGACAACCCAGCUAACAAAUGCUCUGCUGCCAUGCCUUGUUGUUACCAGAAGGACCCGAGCCGGCGCGAUUGUACGUCAACGUACGUGCCUUCCUGUAGAGCAACUCACCACCCGUAUCGAGUAAAAGAUGGAGGACAAUCAGUUCAUAACAGUAGCCUUUCAGAGACGUAUCAGCAUGGACCCUACACCAGUACCUCCAAGUCUACACUGUUAAACAUCUACAAGAAUGUGAUAAAUAACAGAAAAAGAAGGAAAAAGCUUGCAAUACCCAAUUAUGUACACGAAUUUGAUUAUUACGCUACUAUCGCCUAACAAAAACUUUUCAUGUAGAUUUCUAACGCAGUAUUUGUAACGGUAACUUACCGCUUUAUAAUUGUUGUCAGGACUCCAUAAUUUUCGUAUUUAUCAUACAGGAAAUGCACUGUAGUGUAAGCUAAAUAUCACCAAAGAAUUUCGGAAUACUUGCAAAGUUUUAUCUCCAAAGUCAAUGUCCUUUCUCAAGUACGUUUACGUCGGAGUAAUUCUGUGCCGAACUUCUCUGAGUCCUGUCUCAACAAUUUCAAAUUUGUACCAAAGCUAAACUGCAACCAGUUCCGUCGGUGGAGUGUUAAGUGCCUGAAUCUCGCCACAAACGACAAGUGCCACUUGGUUCGAAUUAUUAAUGCAAUAAAUCAAUGCUGAGAACACUAUUGGUGUUGUUCAUUAGUUGACUUCAACUUUGAGCCACAAAUUAGCAGGCCAUUAAUAUUUCUGUUGGUUAGAAUUUAGAAAAUAAUACAUAUUCUUUAUAGCUUAAAUUACUUGUUAAAAUACACUGUGUGAUUCGUUCGAAAAGUAUUAAACACGAUUACAUCUGGUUGGUGUACAUUCCUUAAUCACACCAGGGACCAAUAAAUCUCGCAUUUUAAAAUAAAAUGUAACUUAGAAUGUAGGAAUUAAUGUCUGUCUGUCUGUCCCAUUUGUCGCUGAUGUGUAUGCCUUUUACGGUAAUUUAACUGUCCCAACGUUGACACAUUGUUUAGAAAAUUGUAACCAAUGAUAUUACAUGUACAAUCGUCUACAUUGUUUGCCCAUAUGGGAUAUCUUAGCAUAUAUCUUUUUAUAGUUAUAAGUAUUUUGAAAAUAUUAAAUCAUGUCAGAAUAGAAAGUAAUUUAUGUUAUUUGGCAGUCAACUGCCUUUGUACUCCAUGUUACACCUUACUAUUAUACUGUGUAAUAUAAAAUAAUGAGCCCUUUCUAAAACAGCUAUUUGGGUCUGAUUUCUUCCACUCAGACUUUCAGAGUAAACAUUAACUACUCAGUAAUUCUUAAAGAUAAUUCUAGAAAUUUUUUUAUGCACUUACUGUGUAAAUUUCUUUAAAAUCUGAAAUAAUGAUAUAACUCAGGAUGCAGCUGUCUCUGCAAAACAGUUUUAUUUGUUUAACUUUUGUUAAUACUAACUUUAAAAAAAUGCUUGAUUGCAUAUACAUUGCCCUCAAGUUGCAGCUACUAGUUCUGUAAGCGUUUUAGUGUCCUUAGCUUGUUUUCUAGUAAAGCAUUAGUUUAGAAAUUUUAGUACUAACUUGUACUGCAUAUGUAUUAACGAUUUCCAAUAUGGCAUCUAUGAGUUGAGUAUUAUUUUUAUAUCUUUAUCGUUUUUGUUGAAACUGUUACUUUUGCAUAGAGUUUUUUAUGUGUGCGAGUGAGAGAGUUAUUUAUGAAUAAGUUGAUUAUAUUUUGUUUGGCUGAUUUUAUUGUUGUGUUGUGAGAGUGUGGCUGUUGUAGAUUAUCGCUAUACCUGUAGCUCCCGUUUUGUACAUUGCUCUUCCCGCCCUCGUAGAUGUAAGCGCCCGGACCACAUCCGCAGGCCUCCGUAGCUUAAGUUCUGCGCGGUCCGCCGCCCUGGCCGUCGCCAAAGCACUUGGCGCAGCCGGGGCUCCCGGGCCGGCAACGAUCCUUAUCACACGCUCCGUCCAUUCAAGCAGUAGAAGCGCACACACCUGUACGGCGUCAGCCUGCGCCGCCAAAGUCCCUGGCCCGCUCCUUACGUUCGUGGUUGUGCCUAGUUUGCCUAGUUUUUAAGACCUCUCCUGUUGUUUUCGUGUUGGCUUUAUUAAUUAGUAUUUCUAAGCUUUAUGUAAUAUAUUUCCUUUGAGAGACACUGUAUCCUGUACGAACCGACAUAUCAAAGCAAUACUUGUAAAUAAAGUGAACAACAGCAUA